AUGAUCCGUCAACCCAGCAGUGUGAUUAUCGCGGGCCCCUCAGGUAGUGGCAAGACGGAUUUGGUGGAACAAUGGUUACGGUACCUGAACGUCUUUCAAGCCAAACCCCGCAAGAUUGUGUAUGCCUAUGAUCGCUGGCAACCCCGAUUCGAGCGGAUGCAAAAAAAGGAUGGGAUUCAAUUUUAUCGCGGGUUACCGGACCCACGUCAUUUGACGCAAUGGUUUGGUCGAACGCGUGGCGGGGUGCUGGUCUUGGACGACCUGAUGGAAGAAGGGGGACAAGACAAGCGCGUGUUGGAUUUGUUCACCAAAGAUUCGCAUCAUCGUAACAUCACGGUGCUGUAUUUGACGCAAGAUUUAUUCCCGCCGGGUAAAUUUUCCAAGACCAUCAAUCGCAACGCGCAUUACAUUGUGGCGUUCAAAAACCCUCGGGAUCAAACAGGGAUACGGACGAUUUUAUUGCAAGCCUUUCCGGAUCGGUGGCGUCAAGUGUUGCGCCUAUUUAAACGCAUCACGGCCCGCCCCUUUGGCUAUUUGAUGUUGGAUGUGCAUCCAGCCUCGGAUGAUCGCUACCGUUUGUGGAGUCAUUUAACGCCCCGAGAAGGCAAAGCCCAAGUCCACACUUUGCGGGCGGAUGUCCCUGCCGAUCGAAAACGCGCUGCUACGAGAACGCGAACGUCAACGACGGCAAAGAGAAGGCGGACAACAUACUGAGUUAGCCGCUCGCAUGGACGCUCACACGCCCGCGGGGGUAGGUUCCCCGUCGGUCCUUCGGGAUCUCAGCAGCAUGACGGACAUGGUGACCGAAUUGUCUCGACCCGUGGAUCGUGCCCAAUUGCAACAAGACAUUGAGGAUUUUAAUUUGACUUACCCGGUCAAUGUAGACGAUGCCUUGAAUGCCUUCACACUCCCGCCCGUGGCAGGCACGGGUACAGCCCCCGUCACCACUGCCACCACCACCACGGCAGCCCCCACCCGUCCCACCACCUCGACCCGAACACGCCCCACGACCACCACCACUACCACCAGUCGACCACGACCCGUCACGUCCACCCGAACACGCCCCACCACCACUGCCACGACCACCACCGCCCCUGCCCGCCCCUCCACCUCCCGCCGCAGUGUCGGGGCAGGAACCAGGACCACGACCUCGACGACAACGACCCCCACAGGACGCCCCACCGUGGCUGCCAAACAACCGCGACGGCGCCCCAGGGUGCCCUCUCCACCCUCCCCAGGUUCGUCCCCUCCGUCCGAUGACGAGGAUGGCGAUGAUGAUGACGAUCGACGGCGAGGAUUAAGGCGACGGUUGGAUUUGCUCAAUGAAGAUGCUCAAGAACGGGCACGAGGUCGACGGAUUCGCAACAUCACGCACACCAAUACGGUGACCACCGUGUAUGAAGAGGGGGGUCGUCCCUCGGUGCGCCGCACAUCCACCCGCACGUCCAGCCCAAGUCCACCCAGACCACCACGCCGAGGACGGGGCCGUGGCCGAGCACGCGGACGGGGCCGAGCCCGUGGACGAGGUCGUAGUAUAUAAAAACAGGGACCUUUCUCCCCCUGUCCCAAAAAAUGUGUGGCCGUUGUCGACACGCGAUGGCCCCUAGACGCAAACGUACCACGACUCGACGACGAUCACGUCGACGUAGGAUCAAGGGUGGAUCGGCACCGUUCAUCGUGGAUGUCAAAAAAGGCUUUGAGUUGUUGGCGGAUAAGAAUAUGUGGAAGAUUCCUUCCAAAGCCGAGAUGAAGGCCAACAAUCGACAGGUGGCUGAUUAUAAACGCCAGUAUCGCGCCAGUGGCAGCAAGGACUCGUACGACAAGUGGUUGGUCAAGAAGGGGUAUGCCAAAAAAAAGGUGGAUGCAGUUUGAUGUGAAAUGUAUAAAAAGAGGCUCGCGGUGUUCCGCUCAAAAAGGAUUCGUCAUGGGCCCUAGACGGAAACGCAAACGCAACGCAGGACGAACGACGACGACCCGCCAAACGACGACGGCGUGUGAGUCAAGGGGGGUGUCGCGGUCAGCAUGCCUAUAGGCAUUUCUCAAAGCCGGCUAUGGGAUCACCAAAGCCAUCGGGGAUCAUCAAACCAAGCGUGCCAUCGCCAUUGGCGAAAAACGUCGACGGAAGUGGCUUCCGGCAAACGGAAAAAAUACGCGGGGGAUUGUUCCAAUAAAAAACUAUAAAAGACUAAAUUGUUCCAUCGGACAGUUCAUCAAUCAUGUAUUGUGGUCCACGACGACGAAAACGAAAAGCAACGCGGGGUAUUCUCCGUUUCUCAGAGCGGUGGCUGCCGCCGUCCAUUGAAGAAAAAAAAAAAAAAUGGGCAAGGUCCGACUGGCCCAACAACGGUCGCGGAUGUUCAAUCGAAUGCCGGGUUGGGCUGGUUUGAAACGCUGAAAAGGCUAUCCCUUGGUGGGACACACGAUUCUCAUUGAAGAAUGGUUCGCCCCAACGGUCGUCGCAUCGUUAUGUCCCUCGAAUACGACGCCGCCGACGUGGACGCCAACGCGGUGCUAAACUCCCGUUGUUGGCAAUGGCUCUCUCGCCUUUGUAUCUCCGGAAAUUCAAACCCAGAAUCCGACUACGACGCCCAGACUAACCGACGCCCAAAACGCAAAGCCGUCACGUUUGCGUUGGAUUGGGAUGACCAGUAUGACGCCGCUUUGUGUGCCCGGUGUCGACAUCACAUGCAAACGCAUUAUCAUGGGGAAUUGUGUGGUCGGUGUGGCGCCAUUUUUACCAUAAAUAGACCUUGGUCCUUGCCUGAACUCAAGAUUCAUCAUGGGGUGGCGCAUGGAACGUCAAGCCCCGUUCUUAAAAAGUGUCUUACAAGAAGCCAAUCAACACAAACGACAAGAAUUGUUGCGGAUGGCCAAUGCGGAUCAGAUCAAUGCUGUCAGUGAAUUGGUGAUGAAUACCCUCCGUGGCACCGUCCCCCGUUCCCGACACACCAUCACGUUGCUCAAACCUCACGCUCAGAGUUUACGCGCCAUGGCUAAACCCGCUCAUUCCGUCAAACGCCGACGCGCUAUCAUGAUGGCUCAAAAAGGAGGCGCCCUCUGGCCCGAACUCUACCGAUGUUAUAAACGUUGCAUGCGCUAGACCAGACGCCUCAGUUGCACCAUGGAACCCGAGAUGGUGAGCACCACGGUGAACAACGCCCCGGCUUUUUUACAAUUACGAGACCAGUAUAAACAAGAAUUGGUGGAAGACACCCGCUUGACCAAAGCCGCCGAUUUAGCCGCCAAACAACAUGUCCUCUUGACCAGUGAUGCCCCUGAUGCUUGGAAACGGCCUCAACUCAAAGCCGUCAGCCGUCAAUUACGCCAUUGGACUAAAAAAGUGCGCCAACCCUUUGGAGCCGCUGCUGGGGGUGUGACUGCUGCCGGGGCCACCACCCGGGCGACGAUGAUUUUGAAGCAGGUCCCAUGCAAGCCUGGUUCACGCAAUUGGUCAAGGCCACCCAGGGUAUAA